AUGGCUAUGUCUAUAUAUCCAGAGGAGUCGUUGAAGCCUUAUUUUGGAGAGAGCAUAAUGGUAGGUCGAUGCCUACUGUUAGCGCACUUCCCUCAGUUACGGAUGUUGAUGCAUAAUUUUGAAGGCGGUGGGUUACCAUGGCACGCAUUGUGCGAUGACCCGGUGCAGCGGAGACUGGUAUUGAUUGUCCGGGGUAGUGUAGAUGCAUCUGAUUGGUUCAUAAAUCUGUCGGUGAAAUUGACGGAUCGAGAGGCGCAUGGAGGUUACUGGCAUUGCUGUGGUUUGAUGCUCACUUCGCUACGCCCGUUGAUCGAUGAGUUCAUGACGGCCCAUCCCGAUUACGAACUGCACGUCACCGGCCACUCGCUCGGAGCCGGACUCGCCGCCAUGCUGGCCAUCUCUCUGAAACUACACUACCCCGACGUAAAAGGCUGGGCCUACGCCUGCCCACGGUGCAUCGGGAAAGAGCUAGCCGAACAAUCAACCAACUACAUAACGUCUGUAGUCUACGGCAGGGACUGCGUACCUCGACUCGCCGUGCACACUAUACAUCACAUAUUCGACGUACUUCAGGAAACCGCGGACAUGGACGAUCUUGAACUUCUCGGACUCGAGAAUGUCACGCGAAUCAUACCACUCUCCAGCAAUGCUGAUGACACGCCAGUACCGUCUGACCCAGGACUUCAUGAAGCGGAGAAUGACACGCCGUAUAAGAGGACGAGCCUAAGAGCCGAAUAU